AUGAAUGUAUCAAAAAAUGUUUAUUAUUUAAUUGAAAAUGAUAAAUAUAUAUUAUCAAAUAUGGAAGAAAGAAUUAAAUUAAAAUCUCUAAUUGAUUUCUCAUUAUAUCCAAUUAUUUUAUUUGGUAUUAUUAAAAAAUAUCGAAAUCAACAAUAUCCAGCUAUAAAUCAUCUUUCUUUUUCUAUUCAACAAGGAGAAUGUUUUGCACUUAUUGGAUUUAAUGGAGCUGGUAGAACAUCAUUAUUUAAAAUAAUUGUUGAAGGAACUCGCACUGUAUGGGAUGAAGAAUUUAGAAUUUUUCAUGAUGAAGAACGACUUGUAAAAGCAUUACGAGAUCAUCUCAAUUCAUUUCUUACAUUAGAUGAAGUCGAAUUAUCAAGUCAAAGUGUCUCAUUACAGACACCACGCUUUGCUUGGUUUCAAUUUAUGUUUGCAUUACUUUCAGAUCUUGAACGGUCGGAUAUAGGCAUGCAAGAAGUCAUUAAUACGUUUCGUAUUAAUUAUAAAUCUGAACCAGACAUAAUUGAAGAAUUUAUUCAAACAUAUUCAUCAGAAAAGGCUAUGGAAUGGUGUAUGAAAGAUUCGUUUUUUUUUGGUCAUGUUAACAGCAUAUUGCGUAGUAAAAAUGUAAAAACUAUUUUUAGUCAUCGAACAAUUAUUCGAGAUAUAGAACAAAAUCUUAUUUCAUGGUAUUAUGAUCAACAGCAAGUGUGGGAGUUCUUUUUACCAAUGAAUGUUUAUCGUGGUCAAAAAACUUCAAAACAAGAGCUUAAAUCGUGGCAAUCUAAUAUUGGUUCCAUUAUAGCAAUGGCAUCAUUUCUUUCAACAAGCAUGGAUAAAAAGAUUGCUAAUUGCUUUGCGGAAACAUUUGAUAACGAUGAUAAUGAUGACGAAGCCACAUUGUUUACUAUUUACGUAGAUAAAAAUAUAGCACCCAAAGCUACUUUCGCUUAUUUAUAUCAUGCUGAUUGUGAACCUGAUGAUCAUGAAAUUCUUUUCUCUCUUCGCACACUGUUUCGUAUUGAUAAAGUUGAAUAUGAUGAUUCUGAAGAAACAUGGUAUGUCAACAUGACAGUUGUAGAUGUAACUAAUGAAGCUGUACAGAGAGUAAUAACACCAUGGAAAACAUUUAUUUUAAAAGAAAAAACUUCUCUUCAAUCGCCCACUAAGCUACUUAUUUAUGUGCGUGAUUUAUCAACGAAUAACGAAGCUUUUCUUUCUUUUCAGCUCGCAUUUGAUAUAAUACUUCGAUUAGAUCGAAAUGAUUUUGCUCGUCAAGAAAUGCUUUCCAUGUGUCGCACAAAAUUUCAGUCAUGA